GACUUCCGGCAUGGAGGGGCGGGGCGGGGCGCGCAGCUGAGAUAGCCGCCAAAGCAGCUGGGGGAGCGGCCGGGUGGGUGGCCAGGGGGCAGCAGCCGCCAUGGAGGCCGUUCCCCGAAUGCCUAUGAUCUGGCUGGACUUGAAGGAGGCUGGUGACUUCCACUUCCAAACCGCCGUGAAGAAGUUUGUCCUGAAGAAUUAUGGAGAGAACCCGGAAGCCUACAAUGAGGAACUGAAGAAGCUGGAGCUGCUGAGACAGAACGCUGUCCGUGUUCCACGGGACUUUGAGGGCUGCAGUGUCCUCCGCAAGUACCUGGGCCAGCUUCACUACCUGCAGAGUCGGGUUCCCAUGAGCUUGGGUCAAGAGGCUGCAGUUCCUGUGACCUGGACAGAGAUCUUCUCAGGCAAGUCUGUGGCCCAUGAGGACAUCAAGUAUGAGCAGGCCUGUAUCCUCUACAAUCUUGGCGCACUGCACUCCAUGUUGGGGGCCAUGGACAAGCGGGUGUCUGAAGAGGGCAUGAAGGUCUCCUGCACCCACUUCCAGUGUGCAGCCGGCGCCUUUGCUUACCUGCGGGAGCACUUCCCUCAGGCCUACAGCAUUGACAUGAGCCGCCAGAUCCUCACUCUCAAUGUCAACCUCAUGCUGGGCCAGGCUCAAGAGUGCCUCCUGGAGAAGUCAAUGUUGGACAAUAGGAAGAGCUUUCUGGUGGCCCGCAUCAGUGCCCAGGUUGUAGAUUACUACAAGGAAGCAUGCCGUGCCUUGGAGAACCCUGACACUGCCUCACUGCUGGGCCGGAUCCAGAAGGACUGGAAGAAGCUGGUGCAGAUGAAGAUCUAUUACUUCGCGGCUGUGGCUCAUUUGCACAUGGGGAAGCAGGCUGAGGAGCAGCAGAAGUUUGGAGAGCGGGUUGCAUACUUCCAGAGUGCCCUGGACAAGCUCAAUGAAGCCAUCAAGUUGGCCAAGGGCCAGCCUGACACUGUGCAAGACGCACUUCGCUUCACUAUGGAUGUCAUUGGGGGAAAGUACAAUUCUGCCAAGAAGGACAAUGACUUCAUCUACCAUGAGGCAGUCCCAGCACUGGACACCCUUCAACCUGUAAAAGGAGCCCCCUUGGUGAAGCCUUUGCCAGUUAACCCCACAGACCCUGCUGUCACAGGCCCUGACAUCUUUGCCAAAUUGGUGCCUAUGGCUGCCCAUGAGGCCUCAUCCCUGUACAGUGAAGAAAAGGCCAAACUGCUCCGGGAAAUGAUGGCCAAGAUUGAGGACAAGAAUGAGGUCCUGGACCAGUUCAUGGAUUCCAUGCAGCUGGAUCCUGAGACAGUGGAUAACCUUGACACAUACAGCCACAUCCCACCCCAGCUCAUGGAGAAGUGUGCAGCUCUCAGCGUCCGGCCCGACACAGUCAGGAACCUUGUCCAGUCCAUGCAAGUGCUGUCAGGUGUGUUCACGGAUGUGGAGGCCUCUCUGAAGGACAUCAGGGAGCUGCUGGAGGAGGAGGAACUGCUAGAGCAGAAGUUCCAGGAGGCCAUGGGCCAGGCAGGGGCCAGUCCAGCAUCCCCUAAGGCUGAGCUGGCAGAGGUGAGGCGAGAAUGGGCCAAAUACAUGGAGGUCCAUGAGAAGGCCUCCUUCACCAACAGUGAGCUGCACCGUGCCAUGAAUCUGCAUGUCGGUAACCUGCGCCUGCUCAGUGGGCCUCUGGACCAGGUCCGGGCUGCCCUACCCACACCAGCCCUUACCCCAGAGGACAAGGCCGUGCUGCAGAACCUGAAGCGCAUUCUGGCCAAAGUGCAAGAGAUGAGGGACCAGCGGGUGUCCCUGGAGCAGCAGCUUCGUGAGCUCAUCCAGAAGGAUGACAUCACUGCCUCGCUGGUCACCACAGAGCACUCGGAGAUGAAGAAACUGUUUGAGGAGCAGCUGAAGAAGUAUGACCAGCUGAGGGUGUAUCUGGAGCAGAACCUGGCUGCCCAGGACAAUGUCCUCCGAGCACUGACUGAGGCCAAUGUGCAGUAUGCAGCUGUGCGGCGGGUGCUCAGUGAACUGGACCAAAAGUGGAACUCCACACUACAGACCUUGGUGGCCUCCUAUGAAGCCUAUGAGGACCUGAUGAAGAAGUCCCAGGAGGGCAAAGAUUUCUAUGCAGACCUAGAGAGCAAGGUGGCUGCUCUCCUGGAACGGGCCCAGGCCACCUGCCAGGCCCGCGAAGGUGCCCGCCAACAGCUCCUGGAUAGAGAGCUGAAGAAGAAGCCACCACCAAGGCCCACGGCUCCAAAGCCAUUGCUGCCCCGUAGGGAGGAUGGUGAGGUGUUAGAGACAGGAGACCUGCCCGAGGAGCUGCGAAGUCUUCCCCCUGACAUGGUGGCUGGCUCACGGGUGCCUGACACCUUCCUGGGAACAACUACCCCACUCCACUUUCCCCCCAACCCCUUUCCCAGCUCUACAGGCCCAGGACCUCACUAUCUUCCAAGCCCUUUGCCCCCUGGUAUCUACUCAGGCCCUAGCCCCCUGCUGCAGCCCAGGCCCCCACAGGCCCCAGGGCGUCCUGUCAUGGCCGUGGCUCCUGGGCCUGCCCUUUAUCCCACCCCUGCCUACACUCCAGAGCUGGCUCUUGUACCCCAAUCUUCCCCGCAACAUGGUGUGGUGAGCAGUCCGUACGGAGGGGUGGGGCCACCCCUACCAGUUACAGGUCUGCCCUCAGCCCCACCUCCCCAUUUCUCAGGAGCUGAGUUGGCCAUGGGGGUCAGGCCAGCCACCACCACAGUAGAUAGCAUCCAGGCUCCAAUUCCCAGCCAUGCAGCACCAAGGCCAAGUCCUGCUCCUACUCCUCCUACCCAGCCCUGCUUCCCAGUGCCCCCACCGCAGCCCCUGGGUACACCCUAUACCUUCCCUGUGGGACCCAAGCAACCCCUCCCAGUCCCCCCAGCCACCCACCACUUUCCUCCCAGGAUCCCUGCAGGUUUUCCAGCCCCAAGGGUUGGACCCCAGCCCCAUUCUUCACAAGCAGCAUUUGGGCCCCAGCCUCCCCUUCCACUCCAGCAUCCACACCUUUUCCCUCCCCAGGCCCCAGGGCCUCUUCCCCCACAGUCCCCCUUCCCCUUUGCCCCUCAGCCUACUGUCCUUGGGCAGCUGCCAACCCCCCUGCAUACCCAGCUCUAUUCAGGACCCACUCAAGAACCUUUGCCCCCUAGGUCAGGGUCUCUGCCUUUCCCCAGUCCUGGGCCUUCUCAGCCUCCCCAUCCCACCUUGGCAUAUGGCCCUGCCCCUUCCCCCAGGCCUCUGGGUCCCCAGACAGCCCUUCUCUCCAUUCGAGGCCCCCCACCUGUCAGCCAGCCAGCCCCCAGUCCUCACCCAGUGCCUUCACCUGCCCCAUCACCAGGGCCUGGCCCGGUAGCCCCUCGGCCCUCUGCAGCAGAGCCAUCCCCAUGCCUCCGCCGAGGCUCUGCAGCUGCAGAUCUGCUCUCCUCCAGCCCUGAGAGUCAGCACGGGGGGUCCCAGUCUCCAGGGGGUGGGCAGCCCCUGCUGCAGCCCACCAAGGUGGAUGCAGCAGAGGGUCGUCGGCCCCAGGCCCUGCGGUUGAUAGAGCGGGACCCCUAUGAGCAUCCUGAGAGGCUUCGACAGUUGCAGCAGGAGCUGGAGGCCUUUCGGGGCCAGCUGGGGGAUGCAGGGGCUCUGGACACCGUCUGGCGGGAGCUACAAGAAGCGCAGGAACACGAUGCCCGUGGCCGUUCCAUUGCCAUUGCCCGCUGCUAUUCACUGAAGAACCGACACCAGGAUGUCAUGCCAUACGACAGCAACCGGGUGGUGCUGCGCUCAGGCAAGGAUGACUACAUCAAUGCCAGCCGUGUGGAGGGGCUCUCACCGUAUUGCCCGCCCUUGGUGGCCACCCAGGCCCCACUACCUGGCACGGCUGCUGAUUUCUGGCUCAUGGUACAUGAGCAAAAAGUGUCUGUCAUUGUCAUGCUGGUGUCUGAGGCGGAGAUGGAGAAGCAAAAAGUGACUCGUUACUUCCCCACGGAGAGAGGCCAGUCCAUGGUGCAUGGGGCCCUGAGCCUGGCCCUGAGCAGUGUCCGCACCACGGAAACCCACGUGGAACGUGUGCUGAGCCUGCAGUUCCGAGACCAGUCUCUCAAGCGCUCUCUUGUGCACCUGCACUUCCCCACCUGGCCUGAGUUAGGCCUGCCAGACAACCCCAGCAAUCUGCUGCGCUUCAUCCAGGAGGUACAUGCCCAUUACCUGCACCAGCGCCCUCUGCACACACCUAUCAUUGUGCACUGCAGCUCUGGUGUGGGCCGCACGGGGGCCUUUGCCCUGCUCUAUGCAGCUGUGCAGGAGGUGGAGGCUGGGAACGGGAUCCCAGAGCUGCCUCAGCUAGUGAGGCACAUGCGGCAACAGAGGAAACACAUGCUGCAGGAGAAGCUGCACCUGAGGUUCUGCCACGAGGCAAUGGUGAGACACGUGGAGCAGGUCCUGCAGCGCCAUGGAGUGCCCCCUCCUUGCAAGCCGUUGGCCAGCACGGGCAUUAGCCAGAAGAAUCACCUGCCUCAGGACUCCCAGGACCUGGUCCUUGGUGGGGAUGUGCCCAUCAGCUCUAUCCAGGCCACCAUUGCCAAGCUCAGCAUCCGGCCUCCUGGAGGCUUGGAGUCUCUGGCUGCCAGUCUGCCAGGUCCUGCGGAGCCCCCAGGCCUACCUCUGGCCAGCCUCCCAGAAUCACCCCAGCUCCCUACCUCCUCUCCACCCCACCUUCCCUCCUCACCCUUGCCUGAGGCCCCCCAGCCUGAGGAAGAGUUGCCAGUGCCUGAAGCCCCCAGCCCAGGCCCCCCAUCUUCCUCCUUGGAGCUGCUGGCCUCUCUCACCCCCGAGGCCUUCUCCCUGGACAGCUCCUUGCGGGGAAAGCAACGGAUGAGCAAGCAGAACUUUCUGCAGGCCCAUAAUGGGCAGGGUCUUCGGGCUGCCCGGCCUCCUGAUGACCCCCUCAGCCUUCUGGAUCCACUGUGGACGCUCAAUAAGACCUGAACAGGUUUGACCUGCUUGGUCUUUACACUACAUCAUCUCUGAUGCCCACCUGCCUGUAUCCAGCAGGGCCCCCACAGGGUGGACAUGAUGAUCUCCCCACAUUCCUGCUGCCUUUUAGCCCUGGUCUGGCCAGCCUGUACCUCUGGGGAAUAGAGAUGCUUUAUGAGCCCUGGGCCACGUUCUGCUUCUCUGUGGGACCUGACAUUUUUUUCAGCUCUUUGCUAUUGAAAUAAUAAACCAACCUGUUCUGUGGCCAGU